CCGAGACCACCGAGAGCUAAUAAGGUACUUGAUUUAAGUGAUUCUACAACCCUUUACACGGUGCAAACCGUGUUGAACCGAGGUACCGUUUAGAUAGGUAAGGUCGGGUUCCAUCUACCAAGAACCUAAUCAUCACAUCUAGGUAGGUUGUCUGCGUAUAUUUUGUGUCACUGACCUCGCGGAGCUAGGCAGUGAUCACCUUAUUUCGGUGUUGUUCCCCAACCACGGGACUGAUUCAAAUCCCCUCCCGUUUUCAGGAUUGUGCACUACUGUCACCAAUUAUCUCGUUGCAAGUGGAAAGAUUAUGGGGGAUCGAUAUUCCAGCAGGGACGAGGCAAAGCGUCAAGGGAAGAAGCCGCAGUCGGGCCCGGACCAGGCAGGGAACUCAGAGGUCAUCCCUGAUGAGUCAGUAAUAGGCCGAAUCACAAGCUCAGCAGCUGGGCUCGCGGGUGCCGUUUUGGGUGGCCCGUCCAGCAAUGCUGCCCUCGCCGCGUCCUUGUCUGGAGAGAAAGGCCAGGCCUCCACGGCGAAUGACAGCGCACAACGAGUGGGCGAGAGCUCGGUCCAGUGGCAGCCGGGGCCAUCGAGGGUGGCAUCCUUCCGACCAAGCCAAUCUCAGGCCCAUGUCGCAGCGGAAGAGGCAGCGUUUGCAAGCUUCCUAGACAAUGAUGGAAACAUACUUCAGGCUGCAGAGCCGACCGAUGCAAUGGACAGGGCUUGGCAGCCACGCGAAGCCAUGCCUAACAGUGGCGAUUCGGCCGGUGACCUUAACGCUUACAGCUCCGUCACCGAGCAGCAGAAACACGAUGGGCAAGCAGUUGUAACUCUCUUGUCAGAGGGCGGCGACGCGAUAUUCCCUGGCGAGAUUGAGGACGAAUCGAUGACACCACAAGAAAGUGAAGGUCUUCGCCGAGCGUUAUUUGGGGAUGCCCCUGAUGCGGCAGUGCCCUCGGAAGAAUGGGAUAACGUCCUAAACUUCGUGCCCGAAUAUCUUCGACUGGGGGUGAAUGCGAGAUAUUGGGAAGACGUGCCAUCAAAUAGCCAAAAGGAGAGGGAAACUUCUGUGCACGUGGGAGUCUCCGAUCCAGGUCAGGCGUGGCAGGUUUGGGUUGGACAAUGGUCCGACGUCCUCACCAGGUACACCGACGAGGUCUGGGGUGAUCUCAGUUCUCUGGUCGAACAAGCUCGCUCAGAGGUCGCGCAGCUGGACGACGCAAAGCCCGAGGACUCUCCUCCCCAAACCAAAGCGCUCAGGAGACUUAGGGCCAUUCUUGGGCAUUUACGGGGUCAGCAGAGCAGUUGACCCAUGCGAAGAGGCCACGGCAAAAUCGUGGCCUAG